AUGAGUCUACAGAACAACGUUUUGAACCAAAUACAGCAGGUGCUACUGCCUACAAGUCCCGAUCUCAACGAACCCAACGGAGACAUCAUAAAAGAAGAAUCUUCGUCGAUGGAAAACGGUGAUGAGAAAGACCACCUCACUAUUCAACAGCAACCCUCCAAUCUCAGCGCCCCCUCUACCAAUUCCAAUGGUGAAUUCAUACCGCAUAUCUUUUAUUCGCUGCACCAGAUAAGAAAAGACCCGAAUAAUCUCUCAAAUCAAUUAGAAACCUCGACAGGUUCCAUUAGGCACCGUCUUAAACUCUGUAAAUCUUUGAUAUCAGAAAACGAAGAUGCAAAAAAACUAUUGAGCAAAAGCCCAUCAGAAUGGCAAGAUAUCAUUCAUCAACGUGAACAAGAAUUGCAAAUCAAGAGAGACGUUCUGGAUGACCUUCAUCGCAAAUUACAACGAUAA